UCUUACUUCCAACAAAUUUCAUUUUAUCACAAUUCUAUUUUUUUGGCAAAAUUCUUAAAAGACCAAAAAAUAGGUUUUCUUACCACAAGAACACACAAGAAGAAAAAUCACAAAAAGUUACAAUAUAAGUGUUGUUUUGAUCUUGGUCAAGAAAUGGCCGGCGAUGGUAGCACCCAACGAUCUCCCAAGAACACUGAUGUAUUAAUAACCGACAAAAACAUUCCUAAAACAAAACAUCUAUCCAUUGAUACUAACGACAGCGUCCCACGCUCUCCAAGAAGCUCCGGCGGGUUCACAAACGCUAGCCGCCUCUCCGUCGACUCUCAGAGACCGAAACCACCAUCACCGGGAACAUAUCUCGUUCAAAUCCCCAGAGAACAGAUUUACCGUGUUCCUCCGCCGGAGAAUGCUCGCCGUUACGAAGAUCUCUCUCGCCGGAAGCCUAAUCGAUCAGCUUGUCGCCGGUGCUGCUGCUACUCUUUAACUGUUUUACUCGUUCUUGUCACCCUCGCGGCGGUUCUUGUCGGGAUAUUCUUCCUCGUUUUCCGACCGCAUAAGCCGAUGUUCUCCGUGAGUGGAGUCUCCGUCGCCGGGAUCAAUCUGACGUCGUCAACGUCUCUGAUAUCUUCGUUAGUCGAAGUCAAGGUGAGGUCUGAGAACGUUAACGAGAAACUCGGGUUAAUAUACGGCGGAGGAAGCGCGGCUGAGAUUUUCUACGACGGAGCCAAACUAGGUGACGGCGAGUUCACGGCGUUUGAUCAGCCGCCGGAGAAUGUAACGGUGACGGUGACGACGUUGAGAGGAUCAAGGAUCCAGUUAACGAGCUCCACGCUGGAAGAUUUAAAGGAAUCGGAGAAGAAAGGAAAAGUGCCGUUUGAUUUGAGGGUUAAAGCGCCGUUUAAGUUUAAAGUUAGCGCCGUGACCAUGUGGACGAUGGCCGUUACGGUGGACUGCAAACUAACAGUGGAUAAACUGACGUCAUCAGCAACUGUGAUAACCGAAAAUUGCGUUACCGAAGGCAUAAUCCUUUUGUGAUUUGUCAGAAAGAUAUUCGGAUUUUCGUAUUAUUAUUGUUUAGUUUGUUUGAUUUAUUAAUACAUUGUAUGAACAAAAAUUGAAAUUUAAUAAUUUUCAAAUAAAAGUUUUAUUUGGUUCAGAUCAUGAAUAUGAAAGAGGAAACUAAUCAAAAUAUUUAAUAAGUCAGUUACUUUAUUUUACAUCAAUGUUACAUGAAAUUUAGCAUUAAUAAACUAAAGUGAUUAAAAUAUCUUACAAUUAAUGAUAUAAAUAAAAACUCAAAAGAAAAUUUGUUUCAAGAAGUUCACUUUUAUAUAAAAAA